CUAACUUCAUCUUCUUCCUUCGCCUACAAAUACCUCUCGUCCCCUUUCCCUCCUGAAACUGGGUCCCUUUCCAUUUUCUUAAAAACUCAUUAUUGAAACUUAACGAAGCAGCAACCUCCGCUAUUAAAAAUUCACUUCUUCUAUACUCGUGAGCGAUUACUAAAGAGAGACAUGAAGCCUACUUGCUUAGUCGACGAAGCUGAGUUCCGGCUUCCGCCAGAGUUUCUCACCGACGAUGACUUUCUCCUGGAAAAGGAGAACAAGCUUUUUAAGGGUGAUGAGUCCAACUUGUUCCCUUACGAGCUGAGUCGUCAUGGAUCCGGGCAGAACUCCGGUUUAGAUAGAACCGUUAAGCCAAUCGGUGACGAAGAGUAUUACUUAACCGGAUUUACCCGGAAAACGGUUCAGCCAACUCUGGAUGAUGUGUGGGGUGCGACUCGUUCGACUCUGUGUGGGGCCGGGAUCGGUUAUGGUCGUCGUAAUCAGAACUGUCAGACGAGAGCUUCUUCUCACGCGGCGGCAUGGGAUAUGUACUGCGCCGCUGUGGAGGAGUUGGCGAUGGCGAAUAUCAGCGACGAAUCGUACGGCUACAACAGUGGCAGAGGAGUUCUCGAUCUUCCAAGAAAACAUCCACUCGCCGCAGUUAAAAUCCCCAAGGACGGAUCAGGCUACUACAGUCGCCAAUCUCUCCAAUACAAGAAGCUACAAGCUAUCCAAUUUCAGCAGCUAAAGCAGCAACAGCUGAUGCAGCAGCAGCAGCGCAGAGGAUUAAAGGCUAAUAACAACAAAACUGCUGGUCAUGUGAAUUUCUCGCCAUCUGCAUGGUCUAAUCAGCCACACAGGCGCGAUGGUUCGAGAAUGCAUGCUGUUUUCCUCGGAGACCGCACCGGGAAACCUAGAUCAACCGGGACUGGUGUCUUCUUGCCUCGUCGUGUUAACCAUACUUCCCAUGCAGACGCCGAAACUCGCGAGAAACCAACUCUUGCCACGGUCUUGGUUCCGGCUAGAGUGGCGGAGGUUCUUAACCUAGACGAAUCUCUGGUCCAACAGCCAGUGAUCCGGUCAUCGGCUAGUCUCUAUGGUAUUAUACCAAACCCCAAACAACCCAUAAAGCCAUCGUGGAGACCGAAGAGCAAUAAUGGUGGAUUCUCGAGCCAGAUGAAGAUGGGACAGGGAGUGAAUGAGCCUAUGUUACCAUCCGACUGGGCUUACUGACCGACUUGGGUUCACGUGAAACUUUUGGGUCUGUUUAGGAAAGGUUUGAAGAAAGUAAAAGGAGGAAUAAGAUUUAAGAUUUGAUGACAUAGGGUAGUGAAAUAGUAGCAAGAUUAGUGUUUAUUAUAGAUAGUUGAAGAUUUAACCGACGAAUAAUAAAAGGAAGGAAGAAAGAUGAAGAAGAUCUUGUGGACAGAGACGAGGUUUUGGAUCGUUUUAACCACCAUUCGAAUCUUAGUAGUAUAAUGUCUCCCUUUGGCUUUUUGUUGUUUGUUUUUCGGUUGUUCCUGAGAUAUUUAGUAUCCCACUUCCUCUCUCUAUCUCGUUUGUUCCCACAACUCUUAAGCAAUG